GUAAACCAAAAAUAAUCAAAUACUAGGAAAAAACAAAAAAGGAGUUGUUUCAUCAAUCAAACCUAACUUAUCACAUAUCAGAAACAAAAAUUGACAAGACUCUAAAGAAAUAUCUUUUAUAUAUAAAGAAGAAAGAAUAAUCGAAUUAAUUAAUCUAAUAUCUUUUUUCUCUAGAAAUCUAGAUCUUUGAGAAAAUUUAUAAAAAGACAAGAAUUCGUGGAGAUAUAUAGCAACAUGACGGACACCAACACUGCCCGGACGAUCGUCGGAAUCAUCGGAAACGUGAUCGCCUUCGGCUUGUUCUCGGCUCCAAUACCAACGAUGGUGAAGAUAUGGAAGAUGAAAUCGGUAUCUGAAUUUAAGCCAGAUCCUUACGUAGCUACUGUUUUAAACUGCAUGAUGUGGACCUUUUACGGACUUCCUUUCGUCCAACCCGACAGUCUCCUCGUCAUCACCAUUAACGGAGCUGGUCUUGUCAUGGAACUCGUUUAUGUCAUCAUCUUCUUCAUCUUCGCUACCUCGCCUGUCCGUAAAAGGAUCGCAAUAGCUAUGGUAAUUGAGGUGAUAUUCAUGGCUGUGGUCGUCUUCUGCACAUUGUAUUUUUUGCAUACAACAAAACAGAGAUCUAUGCUUGUUGGGAUCUUGUGCAUUAUUUUCAAUAUUAUCAUGUAUGCUUCGCCUUUAACCGUCAUGGCACUUGUGAUAAAGACAAAGAGCGUGAAGUACAUGCCGUUCUUCUUGUCUUUAGCCAACUUCAUGAACGGAGCCAUUUGGAUCGUUUAUGCAUGUCUUAAAUUCGACCUCUAUAUUUUGAUCCCAAAUGCUCUUGGAUGCCUAUCAGGAACAAUACAAUUUAUAUUAUACGCACUUUACUAUAAAACAACUAACUGGAAAGACGAUGAUGAAGAUAAAGAAAGGAGCAAUUUGAAUGCUGAAAUCGAGCUUUCCCAAGCUUGAUAAUUGCAACUAAGGAUUGCAGUUCCCCAUUUUUUUCUUCUGUUUUACAAGAAGCACCAUCAUCGAGUGGUGAGAUCAGUUUCAUCGUUAGAAUUAGUAUCAGAAGAAAUGCCAGCGAAAAUACAAAAAAAAAGAAGAGGAACCCUUAAAGUUAAACGUUUCUUGAUUAGGAAGAAUUGAAAGAAAGGGGUUCCCUUCAUCAUUUUGGAUUAAAAUUGAAAUGAUUAUAACUUUGACAUGUUGAACCAUAUGUAAUUUUUAUUACAUUAUUAAAUUAUUUUACAACAUUGUUUGGAGAAAGAAAACUCGUCCAUUACAGUUUGAUGUUUAAGAUCAGUGUAAUAAAUAAAUAGAGGUUCUCUUGUUUUGGG